GAGUGAGAGUGAGAGUGAGACUGAGAACUGAGAGAAGGUCCGAAAAUAACGAACGGGCUUUGCUUGUGUAGCAGCAAAGGCACUUAGUUUUGCAUAAUCAAAUCAAAUCAUUCCUUUCCCACCAUCUCCCUAAACUUUCGUCCACCCAGAUCUUCAUCUAUCUAUCUAUCUAUGGCUUCCACCCUCCAAUCCACAGCUCACGGACUCUCCAACCUCUAUAUCACUUGUGGCGAUUUCGCAUCUUCUGUGCCCAAUCUUCAGAAGAAUCUCCACCUUCUUUCUCCUCACCAGGUUGAGAUUGCCAAGACGUUGUUGGAGUUGGGACAGACUCAUUUGUUCGAGCAUUGGGCGGAACCAGGGGUUGAUGACGAUGAAAAGAUAAAUUUCUUUGAUCAGGUGAGUCUGCUUAAUGCAAACUACCCUGGUGGUUUGGAAUCAUAUAUUAAAACUGCUAGAGAACUCUUAGCAGAUUCAAAGGCUGGGAAGAACCCAUUCGAUGGAUUCACACCUUCGGUUCCUGAAGGUGAUAUCUUAACUUUUGGUGAUGAUAACUUCAUCAAAUUCGAGGAAACAGGCAUUAGGGAAGUUCAGAGAGCUGCAUUUGUUCUUGUUGCUGGUGGUCUUGGGGAACGUUUAGGCUACAAUGGAAUUAAGGUGGCUCUUCCAAGAGAGACUACGACAGGAACUUGCUUUUUACAACAUUACAUUGAAUCUGUUUUGGCUCUCCAAGAAGCUAGCUAUAGCCUCACGCAAGGUGAAGGUAAAAAAAAAAUUCCUUUUGUAAUAAUGACAUCAGAUGACACACAUUCUCGCACUCUGCACCUUUUAGAAUCAAAUUCUUAUUUUGGGAUGGAACCUACGCAAGUAAAGCUUCUGAAGCAGGAAAAAGUUGCAUGCUUAGAUGAUAAUGAAGCCAGGCUUGCAGUGGAUCCACAUAACAAGUACAGGAUUCAGACUAAACCUCAUGGUCAUGGCGAUGUGCAUUCCCUUCUGUUUUCUAGUGGCCUACUAAAUGUUUGGCAUGAUGCUGGUUUGAGAUGGGUUCUAUUUUUUCAAGAUACAAAUGGACUUCUUUUCAAUGCAAUUCCAGCAGCAAUAGGUGUCAGUGCUACCAGACAGUAUCAUGUUAACUCCCUCACUGUUCCUCGCAAAGCAAAAGAAGCCAUAGGCGGGAUUACCCGACUUACUCAUGUUGAUGGGAGGACAAUGGUCAUAAAUGUGGAAUACAACCAGCUUGAUCCUCUGCUUAGAGCCACUGGACAUCCUGAUGGAGAUGUGAACUGUGAGACUGGCUAUUCUCCUUACCCAGGAAAUAUAAACCAAUUGAUAUUGGAACUUGGCCCCUACAUCGAGGAGCUCACAAAAACCAAAGGUGGAAUAAAGGAGUUUGUAAACCCAAAGUACAAAGAUGCCAGCAAAACUUCAUUUAAAUCUUCAACACGGCUGGAGUGCAUGAUGCAGGAUUAUCCAAAAACCCUGCCUCCAACAGCUAGGGUUGGAUUUACGGUAAUGGAUGCAUGGUUUGCGUAUGCACCUGUGAAGAACAACCCCGAGGAUGCUGCUAAGGUACCAAAGGGAAAUCCAUAUCAUAGUGCCACUUCCGGAGAAAUGGCCAUCUAUCGUGCUAAUAGUCUAAUCCUUAAAAAGGCCGGUGUUCGUAUAGCUGAUCCGGUACCAGAGGUCUUUAAUGGACAAGAAGUUGAAGUGUGGUCUCGUAUCACAUGGAAGCCUCAAUGGGGUCUCACGUUUUCUGAUAUCAAAAAGAAAGUUAGUGGUAGUUGCUCAAUUUCUCAAAGGUCUACUAUGAUUCUUAAGGGCCGCAAUGUAUUUGUGGAAGAUCUAUCCCUAGAUGGCGCUCUUGUCAUUGAUGUCGUUGAAGAUGUAGAGGUAAAAGUAGGAGGUUCGGUACAAAACAAGGGUUGGACCUUUGAAAAGGUAGAUCAUAAAGAUACUUCAGUAGCUGAGGAAUUAAGAAUAAGAGGUUUCAGAAUCAAAAGAGUCGAGCAGCUGGAAAAGAAUUACAGUGAGCCUGGCAUGUUCAUCUUGAAUCCUUGAAGUUUGAAUAUCGACUCAAUGAGUUAAUAUUCUAAUGCUCAUUCAUUUUCACUUUGUAACUUUUUCUCCAGAGCUAAGUUGGCCUGAGAAAAUUACUACAGGAUUUUAAUAACAAGUCUUUUCGUAUCCACUGUUUAUGUAAUAAUACGCAAUAUGCUUCAUGCGUGAAUUUUGUCUCUACUAUGACAAAUAAUUUCAAAUGGGAAAUUUGAUAAACUAUGCUUUAAGUGGCA